GGAAAAGUACUGGGAAAGCUAAUUAGUAAUACAGUAGGCUACAGAGUUACAAAUAUAUGUGUGACAAAUUCAGAUAACAUAGAAAAGAGGAAAAAAAGGCAAAACCAAAGGGCACCAUCUCUGCCCCUCACCUCAGGCCCAGGAGAAGCAGCAGCUGCAGGAGCAGAUCUUGGGGCUCAGGGCUGCCCAGGAGCUGCAGUGCCUGUGGGAUGAGAUGCAGUGGCUGCAGGAGGACACAGCCCGUGAUGCCCAGGUCCAGCAGCUGGCACAGCUGGAGAGGCACAGCUGCCUGGGCCAGGAGGUCAAGGAGCUUAGGCAGGCCUGUUGGGGGAUGCUUCUGUUCUUCUGGGGCUCCAUGGGGCUCUCCUGGGAACAUGUAGUGGUCCCUGGAGGGAGCCCACUGGGCAGGGCUCAGGUUGUACCUCCCUUCUGCCUUUCCACAGCGCUUGGUGGAGAUGGAGGCUGUGAAGCUGCAGCUGGGGAAGGAGAGGGGUGCCCUGAUCCAGCACACGUUGGAGCAGUCACAGGAUCUGGAAGAGCUGCCCCAGUGAGUGACACAGCAGGGACAGAGGCUGGAGAAGGAGCAGGAGCGCUGGUGGAGCGUGGUGCAGAAAUCGCCUGCCUGGAGCAGGACUGUGAGCAGGAUGAGGUGGCCUUCCACAGGGUUGUGAAGCUCCUCUGGAUGCACACCCCGGCCGUGGGGCUGGAGCAGCCCCUGCAUCCUCAGCAGUGUGGAGGUGAGGGGGGCCUGGGGGGCUGCCCUGCAUGGCCAUCCCCACACUGGGGCAGUCCCAGUCUGUCCCUUGUCCACUGCAGGACCAGUACAGGGACCUGACCUGCUCCUGGUGGACACCAGCCACAUCUUCCCUGUGCAGCUGCCCUUCACUGCCUCCCCACUGCACCUGGGUGAGCUCCACAUCCCUGAGACCCAAAGCCUGGCCUUGGCCACCUCUGAGCCUGAGGUUGCCCCUGGGCUGCUGCCAGUGGCCCAU